AGUCAUGGCAUCAAAAUGGUUUCGAUCUUAAGGGAGGGUAGUUACUUCAUCAGAAGCGAGAGAAGCCAGCACAAGCACCGCCAUGCAACGUUUGCGAGUCGUACUUUUCAGUUUACGGUCUCUAACUUUCAACAGUGAAACUUCUAGAGCGGUUGUACUUGACACCGUAUUCGAACCUGUUUUCUGGGUAAUUGAUCAUUUUGUUAGGAUCCUUGGACCGGUAAGUGAGUUCCCAUUAUAAAUAAUUCAUUCUAAAAAAGGAGGCAGUGACAUUGUGAUAAAAUAGUCAACAAAAUAAAUAUGCGCGUAGUGUGUUAUGAACAAUGCGCGUUUUUGUUACUAUCAUUUUCCAUUUAAACUGAUCAAUUGGCUGAAGAUUUUAGUCUAGACUAGGGAAACUGGGAAUUGUUACUCAAGAAUAUAAAAAAAUCAAAUCGGUUUUGUUUUGGCUGGACUGUGUUAGUGACCUCAGUUGUUUCUUGAAAACAGUUACUCUAGGAUAGGGGGGAUUUGGGGAGUUUAGUCUAGGAUAGGGUAUCAAAAUUCACUUGAACUAGCUCUGGUAUAGGUUAAGGGUUCCAGGAUCCCAGUGGCACAUCCCCACCCAAAAAGUCCUAAAGUACCCCUCCCCGCCUCCUGGGGUGGAUUUAUAUAACUUAAUUUAUGAAGUUUGGUAAAAUUGAAGAACAGCUCCCCCAAGAAUCCGUCCAUCUGUCAGAAGACUGUCGAUGGAUGGCUCACCAGCUGUUGACUGACAGUCCACUGACAGACAAUCAACAGCUCUUGGACAGUGGGCUGACAGAUUAAAACUACCCCCUUUUUUUCAAAGAAACAGAAACUGAAACUUUAUCUUUUUAUCUUUUAUGUAGUUGGUUAGUAUGAACUCUCAUGGUUACCGAUAUCUCAAAAUGGUGAAAAUCUUAUCACUAUUUAACAGCUGCCCGACAGUUUAACCACAGUAAGUCAACUCUUGGUUGUCUGUUGGCUGACUGUCUGUUGUCAGUCAUCUACCAACAGACGGCGGACAGAUUUUUUGGGAGAGCUAGCUGUCCUUCAAUUUUACCUGAAGUUUAGCCUUGUGAAGUAUCCAGGAAAUGACUGAAAGCCCCCACUUGUUAUUUUCAUGUUGCAGGCUUUUGUGCUGCUAGUGAUAGGAUUAACAACAUCUGUAGUAGUUAUCUGGUAUUCAUUUCUGCUGCCUGCUAUUCUGCUCUACACCACACCAUGGAUUGUGCUUCACAUUGCAACAGCUCAUUGGCUACUCAUCAACAUUGUUUUCCACUAUUUUAAAGCUGUCUUUACAUCACCAGGAAGAGCUCUCCAGGUACGACCAUGCAAUUGUAGGCAACAAGAGGAGCCUGCAAUCCUAAUCUUCAGGUUGUUGUUACACAUGCAUCGCAUGUAUGUAGCCAGCAUUAAUUUGUUUGGACUUCCACUUAAAAUGAAUGGAAUGCACAGAACGCAAUUUGAUCGCUUGUGUUUGGACUUCCUAUCACUCAUAAUCUGAUCACGCAUGUUUUGACCAUCUAUCAUGUGAAUCUUACACAAAGCACAGCAUUGGAGCAAAAGUGUUUUAAUGUUUGAUCGUUGUCGUCCGCACUCUGUAACCUUCCAUGUUGAAAAUCUUUGUAGGAUCUUUGCUGAUCUGCAAAGAUCCUACAAAGACAAAGAUCCUCAAAGACAAGGAGCUUCAAAAGAUCCUUAAGGAUUUCAUGAGGAUCUUCUAAUGAUCUUAUGAAGAUCCUAGCAAAGAUCCUUGCAAGAUCUUAAAAGGAUCCUUUCAAGGAUCUUCACAAGAUCUUUGUCAGGAUCCUCAAGGAUCCUUAUAAAGGAUACUACAAGGAGAAAGGAUCUUUAUAAGGAUCUUUCAAAGAUCUUUGUCAGGCUCCUUGAGGAAUUUGUAACUUGCAUAUUUCAAGGAUCUUUAAAGGAUCUAUAUAACGAUCUUUGAAAGAUCUUCAUUGCAGGCAAGUAUCUUUUAAAAGUCUUUGACAUGAUCCUUCAUUAUCCUCAAGGAAAUUGUGGGGAUCAUACUAUAAUCUGUCAAAGGUCUAUGUCUGGAUCUCCUAUAUGUGAACUUCAGGCUUUCUUUUCGCAACUGCAAAAGUUGCAUACUAUAUAACUGCGAUGAUCUUCUUUCAUAUAAUAAUAAUAAUUAUUGUUCACUCUGCAGUUCACAGAUAUGAUUUCAAUAUAUUCAUAACUUCAUCAUCAUCCUUUCAUGGGUUUGGAACAAACCAAUUUAAUGACCUGCUCUCAGUUGGCUUGUUAGCUUAAUUGGUAGAGUGCUGCAUCGGCAUUGCAGAGGUCAAGGGUUCAAAUCCCAUACAAGCCUGAAUUUUUUUCAGGCCUUCUUUUUGCAACUUCAAAAGUUGUGCAUAUAACUGCGAUGAUCUUCUGUCACUUCACUUCACUCCGCAGUUCAUUUAUAUGUUGUAGUUAAUUUUUUAUCUCAGGUAAUUUUUAUUUUUCUUUUGUUUCAACUUCGUUAGCAUACAUUACCAUACCCAAAAACAAAAGAGAAACAAUAAUUACCUGAGAUAAAAAAUUAAGUACAACAUAUACAUUAUACGUGUGUGAUUUUCAUAUAAGCAUAACUUCAUCAUGAAUGAUUUCUCACAAAUUAUUUUUAAUGAGAUAUUUCCUUUCUUUCAGGAUUCAAAUUCAAAUUUAGAAAAUGUGAAAAGUGGCAAAUACUCUAUUUGUAAAAAAUGUAAGUAAGAAAUUAUGUACAUUUGUAUGUUGUGGUUUAAUUUUGUUUUCCUUUUUUUCUGAGUAUGGUAAUUUUAGUAAUGACUUUGAAACAAAGGCAACUAAAAUUUCAACCAAAGACAAACUAUAACUUACAACAGCAAGAUAUGAAGCAAUACCUAAUUAACCCGUUCCUGCAAACUAACUUCAUGAAGAACAGCUUUAGUUAUAGCAGAGCAGUUCUCUAGAACAACCUGCCCUGUGAUAUGAGAGAGGCUAAAUCUUAAAGUCUAUUUAAACGACUGGCUCAUUUGAAUUUCUGAUUUUUUAGGUACUGUGACUACACAGCAUUCAUUAAAAAUAGGUCUUAGUUAGGUUAGUUGUAGAUAGUUUUGCAUAUUGUUUAGGGUAGUUUAGGUUUAUUUAAAAUUUUUUAUACUCCUGAUGAAUUUUACCGUCUUUAAAUGAAGUAUUAUUCUAUUCAAUUCUAUACAAGGGAACAGGGUGGGGGGGGGGGCAGUUUUUGGCCCUUCAGGCCUCAGUUUGGUCUAAAAAUAAGAGGGGAGGGGGGUUCCAGGCAUCCUCCUGCGCCCCUCCCCUGAAUCCACCAGUGUAUUUACCUUGACUGUAGGAGAGGGCUAUGCUGUGAGCGUGGACUACGUAAUUGCCUGUGAUAUCAUAGCGUAUAAUCAAAAUAAUUUUGACUGUAAGUUAUUACUUAUUUCAGGUAUUCAAAUUAAACCUCCAAGAUCCCACCAUUGUUCAAUAUGCAAAAGGUGAAUUAACUGCGUCAUUUCCUUCUCAUCUUUUAAUUUCUUCACAAAUAAUUGAAUUCUAAUGUUGAUGGCCUUUAUAGUAACUUAUAAUAAUUUCGCCUUUUGUACUGAUGUUGAUGUCAUGGAACUUCAAGUCAAAUUUGGAAAAGCAACAUAUAAAACAACCAUAAAUUAAACCCCUACAUAAGAAUUGGUUUUUGGGCAAAUUUCAGUCAUUGUAAAUUUUGUGCUUUUAAUGGUUUUCAUGGUUGCUCUUGUACUGUCAAUUUAGCUCUCUUCACUUUUCUCUAAACUGAUCAUGCUCAACAAUCAUCAUAUGACCAAUGCACUAAUAUUUAAUCGGAUAUAAUAAUAUUAUUUUAUUAAAGGUGUGUUCUCAAGAUGGAUCACCACUGUCGUAUCCUUUAUUGCGAAGUUUUUGUAAUAAAUAUAAUUAUCAUUUCAUGUGUGUCUGAUAAAGAAUAUGGUGCUUCAAAAUCAAUUGACACUUUCAGUCAAGAUAAGUCCAGCACUAAAAACUACCAUUACUUGACAUUAUAAAAAGUUGUAGCUUACAAAUUAAAUUCAGGUGAAAACGAUUUCAACCUACAGUCAACUCCCUUUAUAGUGGACACUGUAGGGACCUCAAAGUAGGGUCCUUGUUAGCGAGAGUCCGUAAUAGCAGGAGUUUAUUUCAGUCAAAUGUUUGUAAUUUAUUGUUGCCUGGGAUUUAGCUGCUGUCCGUAUUAUCAGGGUGUCUGUAAGGGGAGAGUUGAAGUGUAUUUUGAUUCUCCACAUCCCUCGUCUCCCACAGCAGGCCCACAUAAACUUUAUACUUUACCAAUCAUAUGACUGUUAAGUUCAGAAGAAAUCUAUGGCAAUAUCAGAAAGGUAAAUUACACAUGUAUGUUAUCAUUAUUUACUGCAAUGGAUAUUAUAAUAUCCAUCAAAUGGGGAGCAAGAGUGGAAAAAGAUCUACAUGUAAAGGUGGAAAAAAUGUAAAAUAAUGUAAUUAAAAGUGUCCAUCUUAUACACUAGAGACUGUGAUGGGAAAGGUACAUCUAGCGAUGUUAUAUUUGGCACUCAGGUAAAUUAUACAUGUGUACCUAUCUAAAACUUUAUAAUAUAUUUUUAUAACGAAGUUCUGUAAAACCAAUACAAGUAACUGAUUAAAAGUAAAUAUGCACUCUUCUACUUACAUAAAGCUGCCACCCUCUAUUUUUGCACCAGUUACCUGAAUCUUACUUAACAAAAUUGUCAAUAAAUCACUGAAAACAGGCCAUUUAAAUAAGUUUUGGCUGUAGUUGCACUAAAUUAUUGAAAUUUCCUUGACACUAUCUGGUAGCAUGGAUAAACAACUGUGUUGGUCAUUUUAAUCAUCAACAUUUUAUAUUAUUUUGUAUAUUUAUGUGUCUUGGAACCCUGUAUGUAACUGUUUCUGCUAGAAAUCUGUUCAUCAUGCACUUCUUCCAUGACUGGGUAAGUUUAAAACUUGCAUGGUGCGUUUUACUGUACAUUGUAUAUAACUUUUUGAAGUGGUGUCUGAGUUUUGCGAAAAAAUUGAAUCUCCCCUUAAUAGAAUAGCUAACACCACCAGGCUCCUCAUAUGUCUGAAACUACAGCAAUCUCUCCAGCUGGCUGAAAAUACUGACAAUAGUGUAGUGUUUUUGUACCUACAUUUUUGGACGAAGAGGUGUUUAAAAAGAGUUUGACAAUUUCUUACCCACAGGAUGCCCUUGCUGCAGAAUUGGCCCCCUGUGACUCCUCAACCCACCCUGCCCUGAUCAAUGUUGUUCAUUGGACACAAAAAUAAUCCAGCAGGACUUAAACAUUGUUUUUGGUUAGGAAGGGGGAAUUAUUUGCAUUGUAUAAUCGGUACUUUAAGAACUGUAUUGUUAAAUUGAGGCAAGACAUACAGUACAAGAUGCAUUUCUUAACAUUUUUGUCCAGGUUUUAGACUGCUGGUUUCUAAAAUAUUAAUUUGUUUUACAUUUAUUCUAAAUUUUCUUGUUUAUUGCUUUUCAGUCAAGGGCAAGCAUUAAUAAUGGGAAAAAUAAUUCAACUCUUUUACAUGUAUCUUCAAGAGUCAAGGUAAUGCCUAGGCCAAACGUCAAACUUUUCAUGAGACAAACCAAACUUAGUGAGUUAGGUGAACAAGAAAAGUUUGACGUAUGGCUUAGUUAAGUUCGUCUGAUGAGUCUGAAUCGUCCAACACGUUCUAUCCACCUGAAUGUCUGAAGAUCAUCUCCCGGGCAAACAAAGAUCAUCACAUGUAUGCGACAAACUAAACUAAUAAAUUAAAAAUUUGCAUGAUGGUGUUUAUUUAGCCUCGUUGGGAGGAAAAAUUAUUACAGGUCUGAUUCAGUUGAUUGGUUCGAUGUGUCUGAAGUUUGAUGUCUGACCCAAAAGACGAUCUUAACUUGAUUUAGGUCGACCCAAGGAGAGUUUAUUUUGUCUCAUGAAAAGAAGAUAAAGAUGCAGUAAACAAAACUACCAAUAAAUUUUCAUGCAGACAAAAGUACGUAAAAAUAAUGAAUAAACCGUGGACAGAAAUUAUUUAACUUCUAAUUCCUUGCAUUUUGUUCACAAGGUUAGAUUCUCUGCCCAGUAUUACAAAGACCAUGUGCAUCUUGAAUAGAGUGACUAAAAAACAAGUACUGCAGAAUUCCUGAUGUUACUGACUUUUUCUUUCAGCCAGCUGGUUCUUAUCGCUAUAAGGAAGAAAGUGCUUCAAAGUCAGAACAUCGAUGCAUCCUCUUUGUUUUCAUGUUAUNCAUGGUGCGUUUUACUGUACAUUGUAUAUAACUUUUUGAAGUGGUGUCUGAGUUUUGCGAAAAAAUUGAAUCUCCCCUUAAUAGAAUAGCUAACACCACCAGGCUCCUCAUAUGUCUGAAACUACAGCAAUCUCUCCAGCUGGCUGAAAAUACUGACAAUAGUGUAGUGUUUUUGUACCUACAUUUUUGGACGAAGAGGUGUUUAAAAAGAGUUUGACAAUUUCUUACCCACAGGAUGCCCUUGCUGCAGAAUUGGCCCCCUGUGACUCCUCAACCCACCCUGCCCUGAUCAAUGUUGUUCAUUGGACACAAAAAUAAUCCAGCAGGACUUAAACAUUGUUUUUGGUUAGGAAGGGGGAAUUAUUUGCAUUGUAUAAUCGGUACUUUAAGAACUGUAUUGUUAAAUUGAGGCAAGACAUACAGUACAAGAUGCAUUUCUUAACAUUUUUGUCCAGGUUUUAGACUGCUGGUUUCUAAAAUAUUAAUUUGUUUUACAUUUAUUCUAAAUUUUCUUGUUUAUUGCUUUUCAGUCAAGGGCAAGCAUUAAUAAUGGGAAAAAUAAUUCAACUCUUUUACAUGUAUCUUCAAGAGUCAAGGUAAUGCCUAGGCCAAACGUCAAACUUUUCAUGAGACAAACCAAACUUAGUGAGUUAGGUGAACAAGAAAAGUUUGACGUAUGGCUUAGUUAAGUUCGUCUGAUGAGUCUGAAUCGUCCAACACGUUCUAUCCACCUGAAUGUCUGAAGAUCAUCUCCCGGGCAAACAAAGAUCAUCACAUGUAUGCGACAAACUAAACUAAUAAAUUAAAAAUUUGCAUGAUGGUGUUUAUUUAGCCUCGUUGGGAGGAAAAAUUAUUACAGGUCUGAUUCAGUUGAUUGGUUCGAUGUGUCUGAAGUUUGAUGUCUGACCCAAAAGACGAUCUUAACUUGAUUUAGGUGGAACCAAGGAGAGUUUAUUUUGUCUCAUGAAAAGAAGAUAAAGAUGCAGUAAACAAAACUACCAAUAAAUUUUCAUGCAGACAAAAGUACGUAAAAAUAAUGAAAAAACCGUGGACAGAAAUUAUUUAACUUCUAAUUCCUUGCAUUUUGUUCACAAGGUUAGAUUUUCUGCCCAGUAUUACAAAGACCAUGUGCAUCUUGAAUAGAGUGACUAAAAAACAAGUACUGCAGAAUUCCUGAUGUUACUGACUUUUUCUUUCAGCCAGCUGGUUCUUAUCGCUAUAAGGAAGAAAGUGCUUCAAAGUCAGAACAUCGAUGCAUCCUCUUUGUUUUCAUGUUAUGCUCUAGUGUCACAUUAGCUCUUGGAAUUCUAACUGGAUGGCACUGUAGGUUAAUCAGCUAUGGAGAGACAUCAAUUGAAUGGCAUUCUAACAGAGAUGAAGCAAAAAGAUUACGGAAAAAAGGUUUGGUGAGUAAUAAACUUCACCAAUUGAAAAUCCAAUAUUCAUUCCGUGAAUGUGUUAUUGUACAGGCACCUCUUAGUCUGCUACAUAGCCGUUUUUGGUGUCGUCACGCACCUAAAAACGGCUGUGUAGCAGACUAGGCACCUCUGGGAUCCUAAGUUUGCAUUCUUAACCCAUUCAAUCCUGUGCCACAGAUAGAGAGCUCCUGGGCCAAAGUUGGACAUGGACUUCUGGCUUUCUAUGCAGCCUCAGAAAUUUGAAGUGGACAGGCUGCAAAUUAUAGUAGUUGCGAAAAAAAAAAAAAAAUUAAGUGUCGUAACUGUUCAUCAGUAGGAUGCCUAAAAUGUGUGCAAUUCCACAAUUGGUUUCGGCUCCAAAUUACAAAUCAUUAUAAAUCCAAUACCAAUUGCAGAACAUUUUAGGAGGAGCCACCCACAAUGUGAGCACAGUCACGGACAACACAUAAUUAUAUUAAAGUGACGAAAAUAUCACAAAGUAAAAUUAAGACAUUAUGAACUAAAUGCACACGCCAAUAAAAUAUAUAAUGCAUGUGCACAAAAUAAAAUGGUGCGUGCACACGUACCAAGAUAGAACUGAAGAACAAAUCUAAGUAAUAAAAUAAUUAAUGUAAGGAUCGAUACAAUGGUGCAAUUCAAGCCUGGAUUGCUAAUUUUAUCUCCCACAAGGCUGCACCAUACUUCUUGACAGAUACCAGUUACCAAAUUAGGAAAUUGCUGCACUUGCACAUUAUCUUGCUUCCAGAAGUGCUCUCACUUGUUGUCUAGCCUGAGAUAACAGCAGUCACUUGGCAAUGCCACCACUGGUUUCCCCCUGAAAUGACAUCUGAGAAACAAGUGCAGAAAUUCCAUGCUGAUGAUGCAUCUGACUACCCAGAUCUGGGUAGUGCCUCUGAUUACUUGAUAAUUUGCUUCAUCUAAUCGCCAGGGCCAGGUUGUUCGAAGGUGGGUUAAGGUACCCAGGGUUAGUGCGAAAUUUGAACUCAGAUAUGAGAGCUUAAAAAACAAAUUCAGUUUAAUUCUCUUUGCCUACAAUUUGAUGAUUGGAUACUCUAAAAAAAUAUAGAAAAUUAUCCAAGUGAGUGCUUUUGAUGAAAAGAAAAAGAAGCCUUGGUUAAAAUUUAACCCUGGGUUAGCGCUAACCAGCAUUCGAACAACUGGGCCCAAUACCGUACUACCCAGAUGUGGGUAGUGAUACUUUAUCCUCAGUACAGAAUUCUUCACUUGUUUCUCAGACGUCAUUUUGCAGGGAAACCAGCAGUGUUGUCAUGAAAUGUCAGUUGUUUUCUCUGGCUAACUGUUGGCCUGACUACAAAAUAAUAUUGUAGCUCUGCCUGGAUAAGUAUGAUUUCUGUAAGACGUGUGUAAAUAAUAUAUUUUUGCUUGGAAUUUAGCUCCCACCCUUAUUACCAGGAUGUGUGCAUUGUGAUCAGACUUGAUUGUACACUAACCAUCUUAAUAAUAAAUAUCAAUUUAUUUAUUUUCAAAGUAUAUUUUUCUUUUGAUGCCAGAUUUUUAACAAUCCCUAUAAUUUUGGGGUUUGGAAUAACUGGAAAAUGCUUUUAGGACUUGUGAAUGGAAGGUAA